CUGUGUUUAUUUUCGAAUUGGAGUUUCGAAUUUGGCCUACAAUGAAGCCGUUUUUCUGGUGUUAGAACACAAAUAUUCGUUAUUGGAGUUGAUAUGUCGGUUCAUUGAUACGUGCUGCGUAGCUUGAAGGCCCCCAAAAGUGUAGAGAUGGAUGUGGAUGAAGGCCCCAUGUGGCUUCAGGGCCUCCUGGCUGAAGUCCAACUCGACCAGUUCUACACAAAGCUACGCGAUGAUCUUCAGGUGACUCGCUUUGCCCACUUUGAGUAUGUCCGCAGCGAAGAUCUCGAAAAGAUCGGCAUGGGGAAGCCGGCAAUUCGCCGCCUCAUGGAUGCAGUCAAGCGGCAGCGGCAGUCGGUGAAGAAGAAAAGCAUCUUGGAUAAGAUUCUCCCCUCAAAAUCCGACAAAAAAUCUGAUGGGCCAAGUCGUGCGUCUAGCGUUCGAGGAUCGCAUGACCUGGCCAGCUUGACUUGUCUCAUCAAUGAGAAAGACCUGUUCCUGUACGGGAAGCUUGGCGAUGGAUCAUUUGGCGUGGUGAGGAAGGGAGACUGGACGACAAGUUCAGGGAAUAAGGUUCCUGUAGCUGUUAAGAUCCUAAAGAGCGAAGUGUUGAGUAUGCCGGGUGCUUUUGAAGAUUUUGUCAAAGAAGUUAACGCCAUGCACAGCUUAGACCAUCCGAAUCUCAUUCGACUUUAUGGCGCGGUACUCUCGUCUCCCCUGAUGAUGGUGACAGAACUUGCCCCCCUUGGUGCCCUGAUUGACAGAUUAAGAAUGGGCGGCCACAGAUAUUUAAUCUCGACGCUGUGCGAAUACGCGAUUCAGAUUGCUACUGGAAUGUCAUACCUUGAGUCCAAGAGAUUUAUCCAUCGAGAUUUGGCGGCAAGGAAUGUAUUGCUUGCAUCCUCUGAAAAGAUCAAGAUUGGUGACUUUGGCCUCAUGCGUGCCCUCCCAAGUCAGGAAGACCACUACGUCAUGACCGAACACAAGAAGGUCCCGUUUGCUUGGUGUGCACCGGAGAGUUUGAAAUCGCGGCAAUUUUCCCACGCCAGUGACACGUGGAUGUUUGGCGUGACGUUGUGGGAGAUGUUCACGUACGGGGAGGAGCCAUGGGUUGGAUACAAUGGCACACAGAUUUUACACAAAAUCGACCAAGAGGGCGAACGCCUCCAGAAGCCAGAGCACUGUCCCCGCGAUGUCUACCAGUUAGUUUUACAGUGCUGGGCCUAUAAGCCUCAAGAUCGACCAACCUUCGAGGCGCUCAAGGACUUCCUGAAUGAAGUGAGACCGUAUGAAAUGAGGGCUGUGCGGAAAUACGACGAGGAGGGGAAGCUGGUGAUUGAGGAGGGAGAUGUUAUUACUGUCUGUGAUGGAAGGUCUGAGAAUUAUUACUGGAAAGGCCAGAAUAAGAGAACGUACGAGUUUGGUGAAUUUCCACGAAUGCUCGUUGAUCCCCAGCGAAAGAUCUGUGCACGCGAUAUCAGCAAGCCUCUAAAGAAUAGUUUUAUUCACACAGGACAUGGGGACGUGGGUGGAGAGAGUUGGGGUGAUCCUGGCAACAUUGAUGAGGUGUAUCUCCGGAAUCCAAUGGAGCCCCCAGACAUCAGAGGAGAAGAGGACCAGAUCCAACCAUCAAAAAUACCCGACAGGAACAAACGAGCUUACCAAUCCACUGGGACCACGCGGCAGUUUGCCUACAACAAGUUUGAGAACGAACAUGACCAGGAAGACUUGGCACGUUCUGGGAAGCCAAACCUUGCAUUAACCAAGAAGAACUCCCUACCGUGUACGAGUUCGGCUGCGAUGAACAGGGUUCAGGUUUUGCCAAAAGGGACGAAACCUUUGGUCACAGAAGGGUUAUUGAUCGACUUUAGUGAAGACAACAAAUCUAAACGGCGAUUUUCAGAUUCGGCCGCUAAAAAAUCAAACGCAUCCUUACUUGAUGAUUUGGGAUUGGAGAGUCGCGUCCUACCGAGGCCAUUACUACAAGAUCAGCAGACCAGUGAUCCGUUCGAGCUGGCAUCUGAUUUGCGCUCGUAUGCCAGCUCAAAAUCGCAAGUACCCGAUGUUGUGAAGGACAGUCAGACCCCUGCGUUUUAUAUCGGAGAGCUGCAGGAGAAACUCAAACCGACCCCAAGGACAUCAUCCCCCGGUGCCACUUCAACCACUUCUGCUCCCGCGGGGCGAUAUUAUUCCCUGCCGCCUGUUCUGGAGACGAAAGACAAUUGUUCCAGUGUGCAACGCUCAACCAGGCAUAGUGAACCCUUCUAUGAAGAGGUGCCACAGGAAUUGAAUGCGAGAAAACCCCCACUGCAACGAAAUACCAAAGCUUUGGAGUGGUUAGACACUGCGUUUCAUGUGUUAAAUAUGGAUAGGAAGUAUCAAAACCAGGCCCCUCCACCGCCAGUUUCGGAAGUGCAAGGGCGACGCUCAAUAUCUCACGGCUCUGCUGGUAACCGCGUCUCGCUUGACGACACAAGGGGGAAACCCGCGUCUGAAUCAAGUGCCGCGCGAUACGACGAUCACUUCAUCCCCGUAGAGGACAACCAAGAUACAAGUCCAAUUUACGAAAACAUUCACCAAGCGCGGAUGAACAGGAAUUCUGGGAAUCCUGAUUUGAUAGACUUUGGUGUCGCUCUCAAAAAAAGUGCAUCUGAUACGGACUUGACUAACGAUAGCCCACCGCCAAAUUUACCACCGAAAACUUACGCAAAACCGGGUGCUCCAGGCAUGGUGAAGAUGCAUAAACCGACAAUGGGGCAGGCUUCUUUGCUACCGAAGAUCUACCCGGUGAAACAGGAUGGGAAACAAUUGAGUCAUACUCACUACUUCCUUGUUCCUCCACGAGCAUCUCCUGUGACUGCCGCAAUAAAGCCGUUCUCAAUCGACGGACAAUCAAGUUUUGAAUACGAGAAUUUGCUAGGUCAGAAACUUCCAAAACGAACACAAGAUGAUACGUCUUGGAGUGGGAUGACCGGACUGAAGCCGAUUGUCGCGGAGAAACCACCGGAUGUUCACGUACCGGCUGGUGUCAAUCCUGCGUCUAGUAGCCAGAUUCUGCAAAAGAUUUGCGAGGUUAGCGUUAAAGUUCAUGGCGUCACGGACGAAGAAUGUCAAACUGCGCUACAAAAAGUUAAUUGGGACGCUCAGGAAGCGGUGAAAUAUCUUAAAGUUGAACAGUUGUUCCGAUUAGGGUUGACAACACGGGACCGGUGUAAAAAACUCCUCGAUACUCUGAAAUGGGAUUUAGAAUUGGCAGGGUCGGUGAUGUUGGAUGAGUUGAAAGAUCCCGAUUGCAAGAAUUCGAUGGUGUGAUUCUGUAGUGUGUAGCUUUCUUCUGCAAGAUCGAAUUUGGGGAUCAUGUUUUGUUUUGUUUUGUUUUGGACAAUUGUUCAUGGGCAAACUCCAAUAUGGGCCAUUUUCAAAAAGUUCAGCAUAAUAACGGUAAAGACAAACUUUUAAAAAAUUUGUUUCAGUUCAUGUCCUUGAAGGCAUCAUGGGACAAAGUAGGGUCUGCAGAAGGUGACACUCAACCAGCAAUGCUAGAUUUUAAGUACUUUUUCCAAAACCUGAAUUCUAAAUUUUUGGGCAGUGUCUUUACCGUUUUCCAUGUAAUGGUAAAGACAUAACGGUAAAGACUCUGACACAUGACAGUAACGGAUGAGACAUAAUGGUAAAGACUGUGGCACUUGGCAUUAACGGAAGAGACAUAACGGUAAAGAAUUAAGUCAAAGAUGCACUUGAAAUGCAAAACAUAACUUUUUAUUAGUGAAAAUAAAAUCAGCAGUUCAUGUAACUAUCAUAACACAUCUUGGUGCGAAACUAAGGGGCGGCUCAACAUUUUCAACAUCAUCACAUGUAGGCUACUAUAAUAUGUACUGAGAUACUUCUGGGGAGGGGGUGAUUUGACAUGUUUG